AAUUAAUUAAUUUUAAUGCCAUUGUCGCUAGCAGCACUAACGACAAACUCAAGGGAAGCAGGUGACGUGGAGCGUUAUCGUCCAUCAGGGAAAUCUCAUUUUGUCAAAGUUUCGGUUUUUUCACAUUUAGCUUCUUCAAAGCGCUCUUCCAGCUUGCAAAGCCGCUGGAGAGUUCAGAAGAGAAAAAGCAAGACUCAAAUGGCUUCUUUGCCGUUCUCCUCGCCUUUACAGACUCUAACCCUGUUCAAAACUGCUGCAAACUCUUAUUCAUCGUGGCCUUCAAUGGCUUUCUUUGUUCCAUCUGUCAAGUCCUCACUUGGGUCCUCUACAUCGACUUUUCUGCAACAUGGAUUUUCCCUGCAAUCGCCAAAUUUUCCUGGGUUUCUUUCAAAAACUCGUCCUUUUGGUGUUUUUGCCAGAGCUGCCACUGAGAAAACUUUACACGACUACACUGUGAAGGACAUUGAUGGGAAGGAGGUUUCUCUCAGCAAAUUUAAGGGGAAGGUUCUAUUGAUUGUCAAUGUUGCAUCAAAAUGUGGUUUAACAUCAUCAAAUUACACAGAACUCUCACACCUAUAUGAGAAGUACAAGAGUCAAGGAUUUGAAAUUCUAGCUUUCCCUUGCAAUCAAUUUGGAGGACAAGAGCCUGGGUCAAAUCCCGAGAUCAAACAAUUUGCUUGUACCAGGUUCAAAGCAGAAUUCCCAAUAUUUGAUAAGGUGGAUGUAAAUGGACCAAAUACAGCUCCAGUUUAUAAAUUCCUGAAGUCAAGUGCUGGAGGAUUUUUAGGUGAUGUGAUCAAGUGGAAUUUUGAGAAGUUCCUGGUGGACAAGAAUGGUAAGGUUGUGGAGAGAUAUCCACCAACAACAUCACCUUUCCAAAUUGAGAAGGACAUUCAGAAGCUCCUUGCAGCAUGAAUGCUGUUAAGCCUCACUUACAUCAUCGGUAAUCUUGGCAGGAGAAAAGUAAAUUAGUAUGUGUAAAUUUUUUGCACCAGGCAUCACAGAUAUACAAGUGUCUUUCUGUAAUAGAGUUCUGUCAUCUUUUUCCUCUUUCCUGAAAUGAAGGAUAUAUGUAAGAAAGUAUUUGUGCUUGUAUUAUCAUAUUUUCUCCUUCUGGAGGCUCGAUAAUAAUGCAUACAUAUAAAUGAAAUAAAUGCUCUAUUGCAUGCUA